UAGUGGGAGUUUCUUAGACGCACAAUGUGUCUUAAAAAAUUCUCGUGAUCUUAACAACAAAAUUGGGUUUCAAGCUUAUGAACGAGCACCACGAUCAUUUAAAAUGAUGCUUUUAAGUUAUUCUUUAAUUCUUAUUCUUUACUUUCCGUGCAUUGUUUAUUCCAAUAAUAAUUGCAUUAAGAAAUAUUACAGCUCUGACAUUGUGCCUCAAAUUAUUGAUCAAGCUCCAGAACAAUUACUGCAGAUAAAUUUCGAUGGCCAUGAAAUUAGUUGUGGAGAAGAAACUCCAAAACCUCUUACUGUGAAUUCACCAAUGCUAAGUUUCGAAGCAGAGGACAACUCACUUAAUACAUUAAUUAUGAUUGAUCCAGAUAUUCCUAACCCAGAAAAUCCAACACUGGCCAAUUUUCGACACUGGGUAAUUGUAAACAUUCCAGGAAACAGGGUUCAAGACGGAGAUGUUAUCUCAGAAUAUGUAAACCCUAUGCCACCUAAAGGAUCAAAUCCACACCGAUACAUCUUGCUGGUAUACAGACAAUCAGAACUGGAAUCUAGCGAAAUGUUGCAAGACAAGAAAACUAACUUCAGUUUAGAUGAAUACAUCAGAAAACAUAACAUUGACAAUCCUUUCGCAGGAAAUUUCUUCUACGUCCAAUAUUAGUUGUGUCAUUUAUAAAAAUAUCAUUUAUAGCCA